AGGUACGCUCAAGAUCUUUGAGCCAACUUGACAUGCUGGAUACUGGAGAACACGGUAAUAUGUCAGGUGGGACUACAACUCAGCAUCAACUGACAGCAUCGCAUCAGCAUCGGUAUCAAAAUCCACCUGUGCCACCGCUGCUUUUUUCUCCAAAUCCCACUACGGACACUAAUCCAAGAUUUUUGGUGCCAAGUUUGACGUCGACAGACACUUGCACGUCAAAUCGCACUCGACAUAAGCUUUCACGUUCUCAGGUUUCUAGCAGCGAAUACUUUAGUGUAAGCUUUGAAGUGAAUGACGACACUAGUUCUCUUGAGCGUGAGGAAUUUUUACCUGCUUCAAAAGGAACAUAUUUAGCUGAAAUUCUUGGCGCAGCUUGCGAUCGUCGAGGCAUUGAUCCGGCUCGUGUGGACGUGUUUCUUGAUGCUUUUUCUACACCUCUGCCAAUUCAUACAACCGAAACAUCGUGCUUGGGAGGUAGACAUUUACGAGUCACUGCCAAAGACGAAAAAGUAACAUCAUCACGUACAGCAAGCCAAAAAAGCAAUCAAAAUGUUUCGUUACGCAAAGCUGGAGGAAGCUAUCGAGGUCGCGGGGGUCGUUUUUUCAGCAUAUCCACGGAGGACUCUAGUAUGGAUUCAGAGAUGAUACCUGGAGGUAUGCUGACAACUGGGAAAAACACGUCUGGUAGCAGUUCUGUGUCUAGUGGAGCGGCGGGUCUUAAAGCUAGCAAGCAACGGUGGAGCGGUUUCUUCACAAACACCAAAGGAACCAAAAUGGAAUUGCUAGUGGAGCAGCUUAAUAAACUUAUUUAUUCACUGGAAGAAGAUUGGCGAGAUAUUGUUGAGAGUUGGGAUUGUUUGACUGAGAAACAGCAGCAGCAACAAACGGCACUUUGGGAGCUGGCUCAAACAGAGCUGGCUUAUAUAAAAACUCUUAAAGUCGUGGCAGAUCUUUUUAUGGCUUGUCUGUGUAGUCUUCAGGCUUCGAAUAUUUUAACAGAAGUUGACCGCACGAAGCUGUUUAGCAAUAUUCCCGAUAUCUACACAGCUAAUCGUUACUUUUGGAGCGAACAUGUAUUGAGGAUGGUUAAUGCUACACGAACAACCGGCAACCCACUCGAUCCAGGCCAUCUCCUUCAAGGUUUUGAAAUAUUUGAACAAACUUUUGCGCCCUACACGAGAUACUGCUCCGAGCAAAGCAAGUGUCAGCAGUAUUGUCGUGAUCGGCUUAAUGACAACGAAUUAUUUACGGCCUAUUUAGUGGCAAGUAUUUAUUGGUGUGAAACUCAAAAAGACUGCAAUCGUUUGAGGCUCUUAGAUAUUUUGGUGAAACCGAUGCAGCGAUUGACUAAAUAUUCAUUACUUCUUAAGGCCGUAUUAAAAAAUACUGAAGAUGAGGAGCAGCGCUCUGAAUUAGCUUUAAUGAUUAAAUACGUUGAUAAUUUUGUGGCUUCGGUGAAUGCUGCAUUACGGAGAUCCGAAGAGACCGCUAGAUUAGCUAGCGCAGCAACACGGUUAGAUUGUUAUGAUGUUGUGGAAACUCGAGACGAAGAGCUCGAGAAAUUAGUUAAAUCGUACUGUAAUCUUGAUAUUACAUCUGCGCUAAUGCCCGGCUGUCCAAAAGAUUCACUGAGGACACUGUUACGUGAAGGUGACUUUAAAUUACGAGACUCAGCAACGAGUAAAACGGAGGUUCACGCUUUUCUCAUGACUGAUAUGCUACUGCUGUGUAAAACAUCGACGAAGAAAACAUCCAGCAGCGGUAGUUCCGGGGGUGCUGCUGGCAAUUUAAAAGUAAUAAGACAACCGUACGUUGUUGAUCGCUUACGUAUUCAUGAACUAAAGGAAUCUUCCAGUUUUGGGUUAGUUUAUUUGAAUGAAUACGGAGUUGCCACUGCAGCAUUUAUUUUAUCCGCGAGCGAGCCUAAACUUGCUAAGUCGUGGAUAGAAUCUCUGCGUAAAUCUCAACAACAGUUUGCAAUAAUGAAGAUUCCACCACUCGGUGAAAUUCCGCCCACGGCGAUUGUAAGCAGACAAGCAAGCACGUAUUUGGGAGACGGUGACUUUGAAUUGGAAGACAAUGAAAUGCUACCAAGAACACCCCGGGGUAGCAGUCGAGCUUCGCGUGUUAGCAGUUUAGCACAUAGUCACAGUGGAAGUAUAGAAAUGGAAGGUGUUUCUCCUGGUGGAAGUAGUUUUCUGCCAAGUUAUAAUCAAAGUAGGAAUGUCAGCGUUGAUACUAAUGAACCACCCCACGGAUCCAGUAUCUCAUCAGAAGAAGGUGGCGAACUCGGCGUAACUCAUAAUCACAGGCCGCUUCAAAUUAGACGAUCGCUGUUGAGUAAAUCACCAACUCCAAACACUCUGAGCGUUCAAGUGCCUGCGUACUCAUGCCUUGGCCAAUCUCUACCCAAUUUAACACUUGCUACUUCACCACAAACUUCGACAGUUUCACCAACACCACCUAAUUCACUUCUAAUCGUUCCGCAAAUUACCAAGAGCAAGGAUACGCUACUAUCUCCAGGACAUAGAGGUAUUUCAUACCCACCUCCGUCGCCACCGCGCGGAGCAUUACGACGUGCGUUUGCUAUUCCUCAAUCACGGAAUCCUCCUUUAAUAAAAACAAGGCACGUAAAUGCGUCUGUAGCAGUGCCUGUACAAUCGACCGUAAGUUUUGAUACCGAAGCGAUUGAAGAGAGACGCAGAAGAUUGGAAUCUGCUCAGCGUACACCCUCAUUCAAUAGUGGUUCUGUUAAAGAAGAAAAAAGAAGCGAAGAAAAUCGAUGA